AUGCUCGCUUCCCAUUUGUAUUCCAGAUCUUCUGUUCAGAAUGGGGCCUCCUCUUUACCACCUAUCAGAUUUGGCCCUUCCCUCCUACCAAGGAGACCGCUGGUAACAUUCACAUUUUUACAUGGAAUUUUUCGAAAUAAAGGGGGCGGUAUAGGAUUCGAACCCCCGAUAUCACUGCUAAGACCCUCCGACUCGCCCACUCGAGCCGCUUAGCCCUUCUUUUAAAUUGGUGACAAAGGUGCAUCAGACUUAGGUUCUGGUUUAGCAAAGUGCAUUAAUCUUUCAAAUUUGACACUUUAACUCUAAUGCAAUGAAAUUGGUGACAAAGGUGCAUCAGGCCUAGGUUCUGGUUUAGCAAAUUGCAUUAAUCUUUCAAAUUUGACACUUUACCUUCAAAGGAAUAAAAUUGGUGAUGAAGGUGCAUCAGACUUAGGUCCUGCUUUAGCAAAGUGUAUUAAUCUUUCAAAUUUGACACUUAACCUUUCAAGUAAUAAAAUCGGUGACAAAGGUGCAUCAGUCUUAGGUUCUGAUUUAGCAAAGUGUAUUAAUAUCUCAAAUUUAACACUUUAACUUGCUUGGAAUUAAAUUGGUGACAAAGGUGCAUCAGGCCUAGGUUCUGGUUUAGCAAAGUGCAUUAAUCUCUCAAAUUUAACACUUGAACUUGCGUAAAAAUAGUUUAUUUGUUUUGGAUUGUGA